CCUCUGUGCCCCCUCUCUCAUUGGCUCCGACCGGGCUGCUGGCUCUCCCUGGUUACACAUUAACCAUGACCUUCAGUCUACUCUGGAAGGACUCGGCAGCAGCAGCAGCAGUAGGCGGCGGGGACUGUUUGUGUCUCUUUGGCUGAUCCGGAGAUUCAUUCAGCUGGAGACUCCCUUUCCCAAAACCACAGCAGCAGGGCUUGGUCACACACCGCACGUCUUCGGAUCCAAGGUGCAGCAGGGUGAGACUUGGGCGCCGCUGUGAUCUGUGAGUGUGUUUCAGCAAGAGCGCUUCCUAAGGCUGGUCCCACUGACUGAGCAGGUGUGACGGACAGCCAGCGCGUGUGUUGCCCCACCAUGACCGCCACCUCCUCCUCCUCCUAACGCACAGAGCACACCAGCAGCAGCCGCGAUCGCAACAGCCGCGAGGGGGGGGGUUGGGGGGAUGAUGACGACCUCCCACAUGAACGGUCACGUGACCGACUCGGGCGGAGGGGGCAGCGGCGACGGCCAGACCGGCGGCGGCGGCGGAGGCGGGCGUCACGAGGGCCCCGAGGAGCCGCAGCAGUGGCACCGCGAGAUGGCCGUGGACUGCCCGGGCGACCUGGGCGCGCGCACGCUGCCCAUCCGCCGCAGCGCCCAGCUGGAGCGCAUCCGGCAGCACCAGGAGGACCGGCGGCGGCGCGAGGAGGAGGGGCGCACGCGCCAGGAGCUGGACCUCAACGCCUCCAUGCGCCUCAAGAAGCUGGCGCAGAACCCCAAGGUGGGCAUCGACAACCCCACGUUUGACCCCAUCGAGGGUCCCGGAGGGCCGCUGGCAGCCCUGCAGGGACUGGGAGGACCCCCUACACUACUAGAGUUGGAGGAGCUGCUGCUCUCCCUGAAGCAGGUGCAGCACUGCCUCGGCGACGAGCAGAGCCGCGAGGACGUGGAGCUGGUGCUGCAGCUGGUGCAGAAGAACGACUUCCAGAAGGCCUUCAACAUCCACAACGCCGUGGCCCAGCACAUGCACCGCGCCAGCCCGCCCUUCCCCCUCACCGAGCGCGCCCAGGGCCUCACGCACGAGGUCCAGUCCAUGCUGCUGUCCACCCAACAUAAAGAGGGCCUGGAACUCAAUGCCCUGCUCUCCUCCCCUAAUUUCCAGGCUCUGAUGCUGGCCCACGAUGGCAUCGCCGAGCAGGAGAUGCAGCUAGAGCCCGCGAGCUACCAGGAUCGGCAGUGCGAGAACCUCACCCAGUGGGGCGGAGAGGCGGUCAAGAUCGUGCGCAUCGAAAAGGCCAGAGACAUUCCGCUGGGCGCGACGGUGCGCAACGAUAUGGACAGCGUGAUCAUCAGCCGCAUCGUGAAGGGCGGGGCGGCCGAGCGGAGCGGCCUGCUGCAGGAGGGAGACGAGGUCCUGGAGAUCAACGGCGUCGAGAUCCGCGGCAAGGACGUCAACGAGGUCUUCGACAUCCUGGCGGAGAUGCAUGGCACUCUAACCUUUGUGCUGAUCCCCAGUCCUCACACCAAACCUCCUCCUCCUGUCAAAGAGACUGUGGUGCACGUGAAGGCCCACUUUGACUACGACCCGUCUGACGACCCGUACGUGCCGUGCCGCGAGCUGGGCCUGUGCUUCCAGAAGGGGGACAUCCUGCACAUCAUCAGCCAGGACGACCCCAACUGGUGGCAGGCCUACAGGGACGGAGACGAGGACAACCAGCCGCUAGCGGGCCUGGUGCCAGGGAAGAGCUUCCAGCAGCAAAGAGAAGCCAUGAAACAGACCAUAGAAGAGGAUAAAGAACCUGAGAAGUCAGGAAAGCUGUGGUGUGCAAAGAAAAACAAGAAAAAGAGGAAGAAGCUCCUCUACAAUGCCAACAGAAAUGAUGAUUACGACAAUGAGGAAAUUCUGACAUAUGAGGAGAUGGCGCUCUACCACCAGCCAGCCAAUAGGAAGCGACCGAUCGCUCUGAUUGGCCCUCCCAACUGCGGUCAGAAUGAACUGAGGCAGAGACUGUUGACCAGUGAGCCAGACCGAUUUGGAGGAGCAGUCCCACACACAACACGUAACCGGCGGGACAUGGAGAUGAACGGACGCGACUACCACUUCGUCUCGCGGCAGGCCUUCGAGAUGGACACCGCCGCGGGGAAGUACAUCGAGUCCGGCGAGUUUGAGAAGAACCUCUACGGCACCAGCACUGACUCAGUCCGGCAGAUCAUCAACACGGGGAAGAUCUGCAUCCUCUGCCUGCACACCCAGUCACUGAAGGUGUUACGAAGCUCAGACCUGAAGCCGUACAUCAUAUUCAUCGCGCCCCCCUCCCAAGAGCGAUUGCGUGCUCUCCUGACAAAAGACAACAGGAACCCAAAGCCCGAGGAGCUGCGGGACAUCAUCGAGAAGGCCCGCGAGAUGGAGCAGAACUACGGGCACCUGUUUGACGCCGCCAUCGUCAACACGGACCACGACAAGGCCUACCAGGAGCUGCAGCGCCUCAUCAACAAGCUGGACACGGAGCCGCAGUGGGUGCCCUCGUCCUGGCUGCGCUGAGCCCCCCCCCCCGCGCCGUGGCAAACACUAACUUCCACACACACACACACACACACGCACACACACACACAAUUGUACUUUAAAGCAUACUUAUUGACAGAUCCUGGCAUGCACGCACGCACACAGGCACCCACGCAGACACAAGCUGUGAUUCAAGACCGCUGGUCCUAUGCUGUUGUUCUAGUGAGGAGAUGGACGGAUGGAGAGAAAGAGAGAGUGAGCUUGACUGGCUUUGAGAAAUCUGUGGUUUAGCAGCCACAGAGUAAGCACACCUCACUCACCUGGCUCGCUCCGCGGGGCCUGGGUGGCUACCUGUGCCUCCGUAGACUCUUCCCUGACAGCAUGAUUUUUUAUCUCCGAUCACGACGUCUCUCUUUAAAUUAACUCCACAUUCCAGAAAUGACGUAAGAAGUAUAUCUGUACCAGCACUUGUUAGCAGCAGUAGAAUGGACUUUUGAGAGUUAUUUAUAUAUAACGUUUUCGGAAGGAUUUUUUUUUUAUAUAUAUAUAAUUAUGAAGGUUGUUCUACUACAUGUUCAAGGAGUAGUUGCACAGCUCCACUUACUGUGGCCUGAUUCAAAGUGUGUGUGUGUGUGUGUGUGUGUGUGUGUGUGUGUGUGUGUGUUGCGUGUGAGUGUUGCGUAAGUGUAAGUGUGUUUACUCCAAUAAUGAACGCACCGAACCGCUGUGACUGUAGAUAAGGGUGGACCUAUAUCUCUCAGUUGGUCUGCUAACUGAACGGCUUCUGAAGACUCUACAGAGACAUUAGCUGUUGGCAUCACUACAGUCGGAGGGAAGAUGUAUUUUCGUCUCGACUCGUUUUCUUUGUCUUUCUUUCAUCUUUUGUUCUUUUUCUCAUUCUCUAUGUGAAAUCAUGUUGGGCUUUUACCUACAAGGCUGUGUUCACCCCUGCUCACCGGAGAGAGGUGAAGCGUUCCACUGAACACGAGUGUCCCCCGUCAGCCAACCAAACUGUUGAAGCAGCACGAAGUCGCCAGUGGAAAGACAGCUGAUUGGCUUGGAUAUUAAACUUAACAGUGGAGUGAACGAGACGGGAAGUCUUGGAUUACUGCGUCUGUGCAGAUCCGGCCGGACACGAGGAGAGUCGGCUGCCCAGCGCAGCCCAGCUCUGCCCUGCUCUGCCCUGUCACAUCCAUUCUCUUCCAUGAUGCUGCAGAACAAGAGCUGACGGCUCGUGUGUAUCUGGCCCUCUUGGUGUUGGUUCUGCGUUGCGUUUUUGUCCACCUGGCCUUAGCAACGCCAACCAGUUCUUCAGCCAGGAUCAUAGCCGGAGCUCACGCCAGCAAGACUUCAGGGAAAAGUGCUUUCUCUUUCUUUUUUUUUUUUUUUUUUUUUAAACAAAUGCCUCUUUCAUAUAUGUGUAACCAUCAGUAUUUUACAGCAAUACGAAAAAGUAUAUAUUAUGGCGUGUAUGUACAUUUCCUUUAAUUGACACUAUUCUCUUUUCGAGUUUGUGUGGUUUUUGUAAUUUAAUGAGUUUCAUGCUGAUAGAGUUGCAAUUUGUAUGUUUGUCUUUUUAAUGUUAUUUUCACUACGUGUUAGAAUCGUGCAUUUAAACUUGUGAUUUUCUUUUUUUGUCAGUGUUUUGUUCAUAGUCCCCCUUUCUGUUAUUUGCGAGAGAAAAAUUAAAUUAAUUAUAAUGGACUUUUAGGACUUGAGUGUAAAAAAAAAUCAGGCUAUUUUUAGAAGUGUGCUUGCGAGUGUGGGUUGAUGUGUGUGUCUAUGAGCGAGAGUGUGGGGCAGUAGUGACACUUAAAUAUAACUGGCAUUGCAUAGAUGCAUACAGACAAGGGACUGUCACUCAACCUACGGGGAAGUAUUAUUGUAUUAUCUCUGCAAAAACGAAUGGAUACACUGGAAACAGCCGAACUCGGAGAGUUCCACAGUAUAUUACUUUCUCUUUUGUUCCUCUUAGCUUGUGAUGAUGUGUAUUUACGAGAUGACCUGCAUGGUAAACAUGUUCAGUAGACAUUUCCACCGCAGAAGGGGGGGUGUGCUCCUUAAUUUUGCUCUGGCAAUCUUACAGUUCUUCCUGUUUGAAAUGUAAUGAAUAGGAUGGUGACCAUGGCUACCCAAGAGAGCCCACAGAUGUACAUGACAAGACAAGCGUAGGCACACCGGCCAUACUGCACUAUCAACAGAAAGCACAAUGGUGAUGAAGCCUGGACUCUUUCAGGAGUGGGGUUAGGAGCUCCCUCUGGUGUGCGUAGAGGGAAUUGACCCUCCAACUCUUCAGCCCAGUUUGGGGCUACUCAGAAUUCCUUUUUUUGAAAUUUCACUCCAGAUUUUUAUCAGGGUUUGAUCUACAGAGCGGACACCCAGAAACAAUUACUGAGCUCCUCUGGAGUAGUUGUGAAAGUUGAUGGUUGCUGCUAGCCUUUGUAAGGUGAGACUACAUUGCCACCUGUUGUUAAUGUCCAGUCUUGUGAGCCAUUUUGGUCACUGUGUGACCACUCAAGCAACACGUCGUUUAACACACUAAUUUAACACGCUACAGACAUCACAGUUGAAUCAAGUCUUCAAUACAGUGCGCUACCAUUUGACUUCCUGUAUUUUCUAGCAUCCACCAUGAUUUUCACAUGAUGCAAACCUCCAUGACUACCUGCGUUGAUUUCUUAAACUGUUUGUUUUAGGUCUUCUUCCAAAUGCCAGCAAGCAUAUCUAACCACACCCUCGUUUAAAAAACGUGAUGUAGAUACAUGCCAAUUAACUGGAAGUAGAACUAAUGAAUGUAAAGUUAUUGUAUGGAAAAAUAAAUCACUUUUCUCUGAGAAUUUUUGUAUGAAUUAUCAAAGUGAAUUAAAGACGAGAUUGGUAGA